CCCGGUGUAGGUAGCUGGACCGAUGGCGGAAGCGAGCCUGAGCUCCGAGUUCCCGGAGCCUCCCGGCGUGGCGCGGAGCGCCGCACUCAUGCAGCAGUUCGCCGCACGGCUGGGCGCGCAGGGCCGGCCGGUGGUCCUCGUCACGUCGGGCGGUACCAAGGUGCCGCUGGAGGCGCGCACCGUGCGCUUUCUGGAUAACUUCAGCAGCGGGCGGCGCGGCGCGGCCUCGGCCGAAAGCUUCUUGCGCGCCGGCUACGGGGUGCUGUUCCUGCACCGCGCGCGCUCUGCUUUCCCCUUCGCGCACCGCUUCCCGCCGCAGACCUGGCUCUCGGCGCUGCGGCCCGCCCGGGGCGAGGCCGAGGGCUCUGGCGGACGCCUGCUGCUGGAGGCCGAGGCCGCUGCGCUGCCGGGCUUCGCCGACGCCCUGCUCAGCUACCAGGAGGCCGCCGACGCCGGCACCUUCCUGGCCGUGGAGUUCACCACCCUGAACGACUACCUGCACCUGCUGCAGGCUGCGGCCCAGGCGCUCAGCCCACUCGGCCCCUCCGCAAUGUUUUACCUCGCUGCGGCCGUGUCGGAUUUCUAUGUGCCUGCCUCUGAAAUGCCUGAGCAUAAGAUCCAGUCCUCUGGAGGCCCUCUGCAGAUAACAAUGAAGAUGGUGCCAAAAAUGCUUUCUCCUCUUGUUAAAGACUGGGCUCCCAAGGCAUUUGUAAUCUCUUUUAAAUUGGAGACAGACCCCUCAGUUGUAAUUGAUCAUGCAAGGAAGGCUCUGGAGACUUAUCGUCAUCAGGUUGUGGUGGCCAAUAUCCUGGAAUCCCUGAGGUCUUAUGUGGUUAUUGUAACCAAAGACUCAGAAACACAGUUGUCUCUUUCUGACGAAGAAAUGGGAAAAGGUAUGGAAAUAGAAGAAAAGAUUGUGAGUAAUCUACAGUCUCGACACACAGCUUUUAUAAAUGAGAAAAACUGAUGCAAAAACUUGUCUGCUAAAUCUGAAGUUGUGACUUGGACAGUGGCUUGAAUAAGAGGGUAGUACAGAGAAAGGGAAACCAUCUUUUAUUGUCCAUAAGAAAAAGGAAAAUCUGUGGGAAGGUGGAAAAAAGGGUGUUGGAAUAGAGAGGGAAUAUUUAAUUUCAAAUCGGUUUUGUUUUUGUCUUUUAAUGAUUAUUUGAUGCUCUUUCAUUAAAAAUGAAAGUGAAGGCAGACCAGCUCUAGUGUUAUAGAGCUAAACUUAACCACAUCAGGUGGGAAAAGGAAUAAAGGAUAUAGUGUUCUCAUUUUCUAUUUAAAAUAUUUUACUGCAAGCUAAAUAACAACCUCAGCAAAAAACAAUCAAAGGAUAGAAGGAAUAAAAGCCCAAAUAAUAAAACCAUAAAUUCCAAACUUUUCAUGUUUUGAUUAAAACAUGUCCAUGUACAUAAACUUUAACAAAUUAAUGUUUUGUUCUGUGUUCUCUGUUAGUGUUCUCCAUCUCUGUACUUCAAGUUUUGUUGCUUUUAAAAUAUAACCAUAUUAGCGAUUGA